AUGUCAAAGGUUCCUUAUAUGCAAGCAAUUGGAUAUUUGUUGUACGCAGCACAUUUGUCACGCCCAGACAUCUCAUAUGAAGUAAAUAUAUUAAGUCGAUUCAGCACUAAUUCAGGGAGAGCUCACUGGGAAGCAGUGAAGCAUGUCAUGCGAUACUUAAAAGGCACGGCAACUGUAGGUCUCGAAUAUAAAUUUGAUGUGGAGAGUUCAGUUGUUGGAUACUGUGAUGCUGACUGGGCUGGAAAUAUAGACGACCGCCAAUCGACCACUGGAUAUAUAUUCAUGUGCCAAUCUGCUGCAAUAUCUUGGUCAACAAAGAAACAAAAAACAGUAGCUCCGUCAUCUACCGAGGCGGAGUUCAUGUCUCUAACAGCUGCUAUACAAGAGUCAGUCUGGCUGAAAAGACUUGAAAGGAAAUAA